AUGGUCAAGGCAUUCGUGGCUCCGCUUCGAAAAAAGUCUAUUCCAAGAUUAGAAUUACUUGGAUGUCAAGUUCUAACCCGUAUUUACACAGCAUGUGUUCAAGCGUUGAAAUUCGCUAAUGGAAAAGAUUGGAAUUAUGUACUCUGGACUGAUUCACAAACCGUCCUGUCUUGGAUCAAGACACCGGCAAGGAAAUUCAAACCGUUUGUAUCAGUAAGAGUGGCUGAAAUUCAAGAAAGUGUAAAUGUGGGAAAUUUCAGAUAUGUUAAAUCGAAAGACAAUCCUGCAGACGUUCUUAGUAAAGGCAUUUCCAUACACGAAUUGAAUAAUUGGAUAACUGGUCCACAAUUCUUAAUUAGUUCCGAGGUAAUUGAUAAUUCAAGGCAAGACCCAAGCGAAAGCAACGAAGAAACGGACGCUGAAUAUAAGAGUAAAUUCAAGAGCGAACUGAGAGAAAGUGAAGAAACAACGAGUGAAAGUUGUAAUACCGUUGAAGUCCUAAACGAAGUUUUAUUCAAACGAUUACUAGAUAAUUGUUCAUCAUUUUCUAAAAUACGAAGAACGAUGGCCUACGUUCUCCGAUUUAUUCGCAUUUUGCGAAACAAAGUCAAAGAAACAAAUCCUAUUUCUUGGAAUGAACUGAAAGUAGCAGAAAAUCUGUUGUUUAAGUGGUGUCAACAAGAAGUGGAUUUUAGAAAAUUCCCUAUCCAAAAAUUAAAGCCGAAGUUCGAUGAAGAAGGCUUAUUGCGUGCACAUGGGAGUUUAGAGAAUAUUCGAUCACUUCCCCAAGAAAUGUGCAAACCAAUUGUCCUUCCACGCGAUCAUCCUCUAGUUGUUCUGCUAUUACGCCAUUUACACGAACAAAAAUGUCAUUGUGGAUAUAAAAGCCUUGUACACGAAGCACGAAAGAAGUAUUGGAUAAUUGGAAUACGGAAUGCCGCAAAGAAACUCACGAACAAAUGUAUCACGUGCAAGAAAUUACGAAGCAAUCCACUGGAACAGAUAGAGGGACAACUCCCAAGUCUUCGCUUAGCUAUGGGAUUACCCGCGUUUACAAAUACAGCCAUGGAUAUGUUCGGUCCAAUUCAGAUUAGGAUGAAUCGUAAAACACGUAAAGAAGCGCAAGUAAUAAUUUUCACGUGUAUGACAAUGAGAGCCAUACACUUGGAACUUGUGACGGAUAGAAGCACUGAAACAUUUCUAAUGGCAUUUAGAAGAUUUGCCUGUAAUCAUGGACAUCCUAAUGUCUGUUGGUCUGACCGUGGUACAAAUUCGUUCCCAAGCUCACCUUAA